ACGAGAUCCGUGGUCUGUGCCUCAAAUCCCGGGAGAUCUUCCUGAGCCAGCCCAUUCUGCUGGAGCUGGAGGCGCCCCUCAAGAUCUGCGGUGACAUCCACGGCCAGUACUACGACCUGCUGCGGCUGUUCGAGUACGGCGGCUUCCCCCCGGAGAGCAACUACCUGUUCCUGGGUGACUACGUGGACCGCGGCAAGCAGUCCCUGGAAACCAUCUGCCUGCUGCUGGCCUACAAGAUCAAGUACCCCGAGAACUUCUUCCUGCUGCGCGGGAACCACGAGUGCGCCAGCAUCAACCGCAUCUACGGCUUCUACGACGAGUGCAAGAGACGCUACAACAUCAAGCUGUGGAAGACGUUCACCGACUGCUUCAACUGCCUGCCCAUCGCGGCCAUUGUGGACGAGAAGAUAUUCUGCUGCCAUGGCGGCCUCUCCCCCGACCUGCAGUCCAUGGAGCAGAUCCGGCGCAUCAUGCGGCCCACGGACGUGCCCGACCAGGGCCUGCUGUGUGACCUGCUGUGGUCUGACCCCGACAAGGACGUGCAGGGCUGGGGCGAGAACGACCGCGGCGUCUCCUUCACCUUCGGCGCGGAGGUGGUGGCCAAGUUCCUGCACAAGCAUGACCUGGACCUCAUCUGCCGGGCGCACCAGGUGGUGGAGGACGGCUAUGAGUUCUUUGCCAAGCGGCAGCUGGUGACACUUUUCUCAGCCCCCAACUACUGUGGCGAGUUCGACAACGCCGGAGCCAUGAUGAGCGUGGACGAGACCCUCAUGUGCUCCUUCCAGAUCCUUAAGCCGGCCGACAAGAACAAGGGCAAGUACGGGCAGUUCAGUGGCCUGAACCCUGGAGGCCGACCCAUCACCCCACCCCGCAACUCUGCCAAAGCCAAGAAAUAGCCCCCGCGUGCGGCCCCCUGCCCAGACAGGGGCUGACUGCACAGGAACCAUGCUGCCACGGCCGUGCCGCCUCGGCCGCCACCACGGGGACACGGGCCUCGGUGGAUCUGUUUUUUAAUGAAUCACUAGCAGCACCCACCCCCCAGGCUCCCUCCAGCCUGCACCUGCGCGGCUGCAAGCAGGAUCCUGGGGCCAAGGCUGCAGCUCAGGGCGACGGCGGCCAGACUGGGUCUCGUCUCGUGCGGCCGCAGGGCUGGCAGCCGGGUCCCAGGGCAGCCCGUCUGGUCUCCUGAAUAAAGGUCAAAGCUGGAUUCUG